CUAUUGUUUUGCAGCCAUACAAAAACGGAAAAACCCUUAUUCAAAUACUAAUUUUUACGCAGCCGUAUAAAAACUCCUUAUUCAAAUCCUCUAUUUCUAAGCUUUUAGCCUUUACUUGUUAGGGUUUUACUCAUUGUCUGUAAAGCGCCGCCAUGCUCCACCACCUCGCCGGGCAAUUUCUCCGCAGCUACACCACCACCACAGCCAAAACAACGAUCAUUACAAUUAACAUUAUUACUACACCCAAUCCAAUUCGACGACAAUAAAGUAUCCAAAUUACCAUCAUUCAUCAACGUACACGCCAUUUCUGUUUCCGAUUCUGUCCGUUUGUGUUUUGGAUUUUUGGAAAGAUGUCGGUUUCAUUUCAGCAAAUUUCUGCGUUUAAGAGCUAUAGUUCAUGGGCAAAGGACUCUGUCUUCCAAUUUGUACGCCCCAAUUCUGCAAAUACUAACAAUAGGAGUGCAAGAUGGACGACCCCAUCCGCAGCUAUAAUUCCCAAUUUUCACCUUCCAAUGCGCAGUUAUGAAGUUAAGAACAGGACAUCUACAGAUGGCAUAAGGUCACUCCGGUUGAUAACAGCCAUUAAAACUCCAUAUUUACCUGAUGGAAGGUUUGAUUUGGAGGCUUAUGAUGCAUUGGUGAACAUGCAAAUCGAAGAUGGAGCUGAUGGUGUGAUUGUUGGUGGAACUACCGGUGAAGGCCAGUUGAUGAGUUGGGAUGAACACAUCAUGCUUAUUGGCCACACCAUCAAUUGCUUUGGCACAUCAAUUAAGGUAAUUGGAAACACGGGAAGCAAUUCAACACGAGAAGCAGUGCAUGCAACCGAACAAGGAUUCGCGGUCGGAAUGCACGCGGCUCUCCACAUCAACCCAUACUACGGUAAAACCUCGCUCGAAGGAAUGGUGGCCCACUUCCAAUCCGUCCUCCCAAUGGGACCCACGAUCAUCUACAACGUCCCAUCCCGCACCGGGCAAGACAUUCCACCGCCAGUCAUCCACACCAUCGCCGCCAAUGCCAACUUCGCUGGAAUCAAAGAGUGCGUGGGACACGACCGAGUGAAAACAUACACCGGAACCGGAAUCACAGUGUGGAGUGGAAACGACGAUGAAUGCCAUGAUUCCAAAUGGGAUUAUGGUGCUACUGGAGUUAUAUCGGUUACUAGCAAUUUGGUUCCGGGGUUGAUGCGGGAAUUGCUUUUGAGAGGUAAGAAUCCUUUGCUCAAUGAGAAGCUUUUGCCUUUGAUUAAAUGGUUGUUUUGUGAGCCGAACCCUAUUGGGGUUAACACGGCUUUGGCUCAGUUGGGGGUGGUGAGACCUAUCUUUCGGUUGCCAUAUGUUCCCCUUCCAUUGGCUAAAAGGGUGGAGUUUGUCAACAUAGUCAAUGGGAUUGGGAGGGAGAAUUUUGUAGGGGAGAAAGAUGUGAAGGUUCUUGAGGAUGAUGAUUUUAUGUUGGUGGGUCGUUAUUAGUUUAUAUAAGUUAAUAACACUUUAUUUUACCUUAAAUCAAUAUUUUGUGUGUUACAUUGUGUUAUUAGGUUGAGAAUAAAAC